CUGUAACCUACAGCUCUUCAGAAAUUGGUGGUUGUUAUGAAAAUUUACCAACAUUAGCUUCAAUACGGUUUUUAGAAAGAUUAUGCAAGACAUCGACCAGCAUUUCAUUUCAGUAUUUUGAAAAAUUAUUUAAGAGUGAGAAACACCACCAUGUCAUUCAUGAGCAGCGCCAGUGACCUGAGUGCUCCUGAUGUACCACCGCUUUCACCUGGCAGCAGUGUGUCAACACGUCUCCAGGACGAGUAUGAUGAGUUGUUGAAGUUUGCGGUGGUUGUGCCAAAGUAUGACCCUCGCCAGCUGCCGGCCACAUUGACAGACACUCGAGAGUCGUUCCUACAGAGCAGUCAGCACUCGAUGCCUCGCAGGCAGCCUGUCUCUCAGUCCUGGAGGAGAGAGGAUGACGAAGUCUCUGAUGCUACAGAUGUGACCCCUAUCAACACGGACAGGUCCCCAAGGGCCGAACCUCUGCCAGACUUUGGGGGUCAAAGUCCCAUCGGGGCCCAGGGCCCUCCCGCUGACCCGGACCGGUCAGAAGAUCGACCCCAUGACCCUAUUCCAAGCCACUAUCUGUCCUCUAGACAUACAUCCAGAAGUUCUGUGGUGGAAAACAGGGAAAGGUUUACCGAGGUGCAGGGAGAGUAUGAGAGGGUCUACACAGCCACAGUGGACCCUGAUGUGGGCAAGAUGGAGACAGUCAUGGAUCAGUGGUGCCUUGACCUCAAACGUAAUAUCCUGGCUGAAUUCAGUCAGUCCAAAAUCAGAAUAGUAGAGCAAGGGCGACAACAACUUGUGAGGGAACAAGAAAGACACGCCUCAGAGAAGAUGAAGCUCCUGGACGAGAUGAACAGCCUGAAGGAGCUGCUAGCAACUUAUGAGAGGUCGAUAGAGCGCAAGGACCAGGUGAUCAGCAAUCUGACAAACGCACUCCAGAAACAGAAGGAUCGCACAGAGGUCGUGAAGACGUUCUGUGAGUGGAAGAUGAGGCAUAACGACCUGAAGAGAGAGAAUUUCUGCACCAAGCUGGCCAAGAAGCACCAUGAGCGCUGCCUGUCCCGGCGGGUGUGGGACGCCUGGCACUCUGUGAUAGAGACCAAGUGGAGAGUGCGCAUCGAGAAGGCGUGUCAGGCCAAGGCACAGGAGGUGUGUGUGCAGCUCACCGAGGACUACGAGGGCAGAAUCUCAGCGCUGAAUGCUGAGCUAUCCUCAUGUCGCCAGGAGGUAGGGAGGAUGCAGCUGGAGCGAGAACGCUACGAGGAGAUGAUGAAGAAGGCGUUCAUGCGUGGAGUGUGUGCGCUCAACCUUGAGGCAAUGUCCAUCUUCCAUAACCAGGAGGAGAAGGAGAACAGGGAUAUAGGUACCAAUGGCCAACACAUGGAUGACGUGAACCUUGAAAGAAGUCUACCUGAAAAAGACUACAGCUCUGGGAAGUCUAUACCAGCCUCGGAGUCUAGCACAGGAAAGUCUAUAUCGCCAAGGGAGAGAAUCGUCACCAGCGAGGGGUCUAGACCCUCAUCUGUCACACAGUCCAACCCAAUGGUUCUGACGGGCAAGUCCAAAGCCCCAAUGGUCACCACAUCCAAGGUUUUAAGCCACAAGGUCACGUCCCGAGUGGACUCUGGGAAGCCCAAGGGCGGCGGUGCGGGCUCUCAACCUCUGGCCCCACCCAUGAGCUCCGUAGUGGUAGAGAGGCACCAACCAGUCAACAAGCAAACAAUGCCCCAUGCAGUAGCUGGCAAAUAUCCCCGUCCAUCAACUGCCCCCUCUGGUGACAGAUCACGGAAGAUUGCUGGUCAAGGGCAGAUAAAUGUGCAGACUGUCAAACAUGUAGAAUAGUCGAUCAUUGCAGAAAGCAUGUACCAAGAAGAAAAGUACACCAUUGCAGUAGCCUUAAAGCAACUGGAUCGUGGUUGAGUCUCAAUGAACAGGAUAAUUUUGUGAUUAAUUCUAUCUAAUAAGAGUUGAUGUUUAGAGCAGGUUGGCUUAAUAACAUGGCAGUACUAUGAAAGAAGAACAUAAAUAAAUGAAUAUUGUAAAAGGUACACAUAUAUAUUUUUUUUUAUAUUGACAGUUAAGAAGUGGUUAGCAGCAAAUUAGCAAUAAAUCAAAAGCACACAGACAUGUGAUUUACAUAGUGAAAGGAGAAUAUUAAUUUAAAAUAUACAAACAUAAUAUUAUAUUCGUUUCAUAUUAAUGUUCAGUGUAUAACUGCAAAUAAGGAGCAAAUAAACAGCCCAGUGUUUAAUACUGUUAAAAAACAAGCCUGAUAAUCAUAAAAUUAAUGUAAAAUAGUUACACUUUUUAAGAAUUAUUCAACAGUAUUAUGGAUUCUGUGGUACUGCUGGGGUUUAUAUUGUAUAUAUUUAAAUUAAUCGAUCAUACUUUUUUAACAAGGUUUUCAGAAGGAAAAAACUGGUUAUUAGAUUGGCAAAUGACGGCUGGCGGGCCGGCGGAACAAGCUUGUCCGGGCCAUAACUUUGUCGUUCAUUGUGAGCUUUUAAAAUCAUUUGGCACAUUUGUUCACCAUCAUUGGACGGUGUGUCGUGCAAAAAAAUUAUGUUGAUAUCUCCAAGGUCAAGGUCACACUUUGAUUUCAAAGGUCAAAAAUGGCCAUAAAUGAGCUUGUCCGGGCCAUAACUAUGUCGUUCAUUGUGAGAUUUUAAAAUCAUUUGGCACAUUUGUUCACCAUCAUUGGACGGUGUGUCGCGUGAAAGAAUUACGUCGAUAUCUCCAAGGUUAAGGUUGCCACAACUAAAAAUAGAUUGAUUUUGAAACAAGGGGGUAACUAUGCAAAAUCAGUAACAAUGCACAUUUUGAGUUGUCUCCCUUUAUCAGAACUUUUUUUUUCAAAUUGAAAUCAAGGUCGUCUCAAGUAAAAAUAGAUUAAAUUUGAAACAAGGGGGUAACAAUACACAUUUUGAAUUGUCUCCCUUUAUCAGACUUUUUUUUUAUAUUGAAAACCUGGUUUUGUGACAAUUUUGUCCCUUGUUUGUGAUUGUAAUUUAAUGUAUUUAUACUUCAAAACCUGAACAGAUUUGGAGCUCACACAAAUCUCAGGCGGGUUUAAAUACAAGCAUUUACAAUGUACGAGUCUCAAGCCUUUGCAGUGGGUAGAACUAAUGAUGUUAGAGAUAUAAAGAGUGUUUCACCGUUUGGUUGGGAAUAAGUGUCUCCUUAAUUCAUGUUUUAAAUCUGAAUGUGUUAUAUAGUUAAAUGUGUUGUCUUUGAUGCUAUCUCACUUGAUCAAAAAUGUUCAGGUUAUAAGUCAUUGUGUUAUUUAUUAUCACCCCCUUCAAAAAAGAGGGAGUUUAUUGUUUUGCAGGAUGUCGGUGUGUCUGUCGGUAGACCAUUUCGUUUCUGAUCAAGAACUAUAUAACAAAUUGACCGAUUGGCUUGAUACUUUACACGUGCAUUGGCUUUGGACAGUAGAUGAGCCCUAUUGAAAUUGGGGUCAAUAGGUCAAAGUCACAAUAAAUAUCAAAAUCGUUUCCGAUCAAUAACUUGUCAACAUAUUGACCAAAUGGCUUGAUACUUCCAAUGUGCAUUUUCCUUGGACAGUAGAUGACCCCUAUGGAAAUUGGGGUCACUAGUUCAAAGCCCUAUUUGAGGGCCAAUGUCUCUGAACGCGGAACUCAUUUUUGUUUUCUUGUAAUUAGAAAUAAUAAAUCCAUUGUAUAUAUUAGAUAUUCAGAUAUUAUAUUUUAAAACCAAGUGUACUACCUACUUGUGAAGUAUGAAGUGAAUGUUUUAUGAUAUCAUGUUUUAUUAUUUUAUAUUUAUUUAUGAGAAUCCUAUUUAAACAAUAUACAUUUCUAAUUUAUUCAUACUGUUCAAUUUUGUUUCUUCUUUUAUUUUUUCUAACUCAUGAUUUGACUUUUACAACUGAAAUGCAUUUGAAGUUCUGUUGUACAGCUCAUUUAUUAUUUACUCUGUUUAAUUUGUUUGUGAUGAAUCGCAUUUUAAAUUCGUUAGCUAGUCUAGAUUUAUGUUUUACCGAUGUAAAAUGUGGAGAGUCAUU